AUGUUGAAAAAUAUUCUCCAGAAAUUGGAGAACCCGAAGCGGCCAUUACUAGGCCCUAAUGUGAAGGCAUUAAAAUUUUGGGGAUUGUUACUCCCAAAAAAUGUCCUGAUGAAAUAUUUUUACUUGCUAAUGCAUGUUUUAGUUACAAUCUUUACUGCUACGGAGUACAUUGAUGUAUGGUUUGUAAAAUCAGAUAUGAAUCUGCUUCUAAACAAUUUGAAGAUUACAAUGCUGGCUACGGUAAGCGUGACCAAAGUGACUACAUUUCUGUGCUGGCAAAAAUAUUGGAUCAGCAUCAUUGAAUACGCUACAAGAGCGGACUUAAAUCAAAGAUUGACAACAGACAAGCAAAAACUGGAACUUCUAGCUACAUUUACAAAAUACUGCAGAAAGAUCACAUAUUUAUAUUGGUCAUUAAUGUAUACGACGGUCAUCAUAGUAAUGGUACAGCCGAUUUUCAAGUAUGUUUCCUCUGAGAAUUACAGAACAAGCGUUAAAAAUGGGACGGACACGUACUUACAAGUCGUCAGUUCAUGGGUACCUUUUGACAAGAAUACUAUGGUAGGGUACCUCCUAGCUUCGGUAUUCCAGAGCUAUGCUGCAAUCUAUGGAGGAGGUUGGAUCACCUCUUUUGAUACAAACUCCAUGGUAAUCAUGGUGUUUUUUAGAGUGGAGUUAGAAUUGCUAAGGCUUGACGCUAAGGAUAUUUUUGGAACGGAAUCGUCGAAGGUACAUCAUGAAGUCGCUUUGAAAAGGUUGAAGAAUUGUCAUAGAAGACAUGUUGAGUUGGUCAAGUUUGCCCGUCUAUUCGACUCUUGUCUAUCGCCAAUAAUGUUGCUAUACAUGUUCGUUUGUUCUGUGAUGUUGUGCGUUACUGCUUAUCAAAUAACUAUUGAAACUAGUCCAAUGCAAAGAUUCUUGACAACGGAAUAUUUAGUGUUUGGAGUCGCUCAGCUUUUCAUAUAUUGCUGGCACAGCAAUGAUGUGUUAUUUGCUAGCGCAGACCUAAUGCGGGGUCCAUACGAGAGCAUAUGGUGGACUAGAAGCGUGAGGUACCGUAAGGACCUGUACCUACUAGCUGCACAGUUCAACAAGACCGUCGUGUUCUCCGCCGGACCCUUUACUAAGCUCACUGUGGCUACUUUUAUAAGCAUCCUGAAAGGUGCCUACAGUUAUUACACGCUUCUCAGUCAGUCUCAGAUGAAAUAA